AUUUUUUUUUUCUCCACAGCACCUUGAACCUCACGCGGUGAGCUUGGAAGAAAGAAUAAAAUAACCUCUUUUCACGUCGCGCUGAAAAAAUAAUAAGAGGGAAGUGAGUGCAGUGAAAUAAGAGGAACGUUGCGGAAAAAAAAGGAAUACGGGAAAAAUUCAUAAAUAGGACAGAAGGUUUAGGGGGAAAAAAUAGAAGGAGUGAAACAUGAGCAGGCGGGAGACGAGCAGCAAUUACGACGACUGGCUUGGCGUGUCGGACUACGACGGACAAAGUCGUCACGGCGACAGCCGCGUCGGGAUCUACGGCUGGCGGAAGCAGUGUCUCUACUGUUUACUCGCUGUUCUGCUCAUCAUGAUCAUCAUCAACCUGGCUCUCACUCUGUGGAUCCUCAAAGUCAUGGACUUGUCAACAAUCGUCGGCAUGUUGGAUCACGUUUUCUGA